UCACGUGACCAUUGUUUUAUUUUUUACCAUAGGAGAAAGCCACACAAAUUUACAAGGAAAUUUUUUAUCGAAAAACAGUAUUUCCAGUUUGUUUCACGCAACUUAGGUAGGGUAAAACCUUUCUACCUUCGAUGUGCUUAGUUUUCAGUGUGAUUUGCUGGAUAUUUCUCCACAGAAUAAAAGUUUUGAUACGUUUCGAUAAGUGACUUUGUUUGUUUACGUAAGGUGCGCGAUCCGGUUUGAACCGGUUUGGGGAGAACUUGUGUCACAACAUGGAAGAGCCGAAUUUCCCCAGGAUUUGUUUACUUGGACAUUCGUUUGUAACUCGUUAACGGCGAUAUAUGGACUCGCAUCCAGAUUUAAUGAACUUAAAGUUGCAUCAGGAUUUUUACAGUGUUUCAGUGCGGGCCCGUGGUGGUCUACGGAUCUCGAGCGUCGCUCGUUCCAGAGACUUCUUGACUUUUGAUAUGUUGCCGCACGUGUGUUUUAUGCAGAUUGGGGAAAACGACAUUCUUUUGCAUACCAAUGAAAUGAUUGUACGUGACUUUCUAUCUUUAGCAUCGUAUCUACAUUCCGGAAUAUGCAUACAAACAGUUAUUGUGGGUCAACUUCUGCGCCGCCAACCUUGGGCCUCGUCACCGGACUUCAACGAACGCAUCAUCGCCAUCAAUGUCAUGCUCCGGGAACAGUGCUCAAACAUUUCGGGUGUGCAUUUCUGGCCUCAUAGAGGCUUCUGGACAGAUUUGUCAUUUCUGUGUCAGGAUGGGGUUCAUCUCCGAUGCCCCUCCCAGUCAUCCCAUGUUGUGACCACCUCUCCUAUGCACCGGUUUUGGCGAAGUGUUCGCUCAGCUAUCUUACAGCAUAGGCACAUUUCAGGUGUACAGCCAUGCCUCCAAAGAGGGGACAGAAGUCCUCCACUCCCACAACCACCAAAAGGCGGAAGACAAUCCAACCCACUGGCACAGAUGUUAGUGAAGCCGUAACACUACAACUGCCACCUGUGGAACCACCUGUGCAAAAUGAAAUCUUAAAUAUCGACUAUGACAAGUUAGCUACAGCUAUUCUAAAACAAUCACAUGCACACAAUGGACUAAGUCUUCAACCUCAAGAGGCCCCUUCAGUGCCAGCAGCUACUUCUCAUUCAUCUGACACAUUACCAAAAUCUACAGCAGAUCCACAAUCAUCUUCAGUACCAGGUCCUUCAUCUCAACAACCUUCAGCUCAGCAACUUUCAGCUCAGCAGCCGACAAGCAGUGUGUCAAGUUCAACACCAGUUUUGGGGACUCUGUUAGAUCAAGUUUUUGCAGGUGAGCCAGCAAGGGCUUCUGAUCUUCCUUACUCAUCUACUAUCGUUAGUGAUGGCAUUCCCCUUGGGUCUUCAGUUUCUAGCAAACUUAAGUCAAAAAUUUGGAAUAAUGAAUUCAUUGAUUUCCGAUCCCUGCAAAAUACCAGAGAAGAACCUUUGAGUGUUUCAAUUUCCACGGGGGUCAUCAAAUUACACCAAAGUCCAAAAUGUAAAAGCCCCAUAUCUAUCUCUCAAUGGACAGAUGCAUUCUUUGUGUUUUCGGCAGUUUACAUAGAAAAAUACCCUGCUGAAGCCCCCAAUCUUUUAAAAUAUGGGCACAUGGAAGCCUUCCAGAUAGCUCCUCAUCUCAGUCCAGUACAGACAGAAGUUCCCAAGGACCUCUUAACAAUUUGAAUCCAGUUUGCCUGAAACUACUAGAAUCGUCUCUGUCAUCAUCAACCUCUAAAGCUUAUCGCAGAAGUUGGAAUUUGCUCCUUACAUGGAACCCUCACAUCUCACUUCCAGUGUCUGUGACAGAUGUUUGUAACUUUAUAGGUCAUCUAUUUCUUCAAAAUUAUUCACCCAGUACAAUUUUUUCCCACAUAUCAGCUAUCAGUUUUAUGCAUAAAUUAUGUAGUAUCCCAGACCCUACUCAAGCUUUUAUGACCAAGAAAAUUCUUAAAGGGUGUAAGGCAGUAGGCUCAAGGAGGGACACACGCUUGCCUAUCACAGCACCGAUCUUACAAAAACUCAUUGUUGCUCUAGAACACACUGUGUCUCAAUACUCGCUCAGACUCCUGUUGCGAGCACCUUUCUUGUUAGCUUUUCAUGCUUUUCUCAGAUUAGGUGAGAUAACAGCAAAAUCAAUCAAUGCUGUAAAUAGUGUUUUACAAAGGUUAGAUAUCACAUUCAAGCAAGAAAAUAAUCUAUUAGAGGGAGUUCAAAUAGUUAUGAGAGAUUAUAAAACAAACAAACAUCAUGUCCCAAUAAUCAUUUCCUUACAAGCUUGUCCCAAUUCUCUUUACUGUCCCGUUCAGGCAUUGUAUAAAUACCUUGCCUUCUAUAAACAUUCAUCCGGUUCACUGUUCCAGACCAUGGAUGGCUUGCCGAUUACUUACUCGGUUGUUACUUCACACCUCAAAGCAGCAAUUCAGUUUAUUGGAUUAAGUCCAGAUCAAUUUAAGGGACACAGUUUCAGAAUUGGGGCAGCAACACAUGCAGCCUCACUUGGUUUCUCAGACAAUGUCAUUCAGAAGCUUGGAAGGUGGAAUUCUGAUGCUUUCAAACACUACAUCCGUAUUCAGUCUUUUCAUAUAUAGCUAAUUGUACAAGAGCAGAUUUCAGUCCAUAUCCCUGUGUUAGUUCCCCAUGUCAAUAAGUUUUAAAACUUUAAGACGGUUCAGAAGUAUUCUGCUGUCACAAAUAACCACAUAGACUUUGAAGAGCAGAGGAAAGUUGUCGCUGCUCAUAUUUGGAUCAGUCAUAUUAUAGGAGACAGUUCAGAAGUUUUCUGCUGUAUUUUAUUCCCAAGUCCUAUUCAUAAUUUUUUAGGAAUACACGGCAGUUCAGAAGUCUUCUGCUGCCUAAAAGUUAUUAUUCAACAUGUCAGUUCAGAAGUCUUCUGCUGCCUAAAAGUUAUUAUUCAACAUGUCAGUUCAGAAGUCUUCUGCUGACAUAUUUUUCAGUCUUUUUAUAUUUGUACAUAUCAUCAUAGGUAUAUAGUCAUAGGCAUAGGAUAUAGUCAUUUUUUAAAGGGCAUAUUGAAUAUAAUUUCCUUGCUGGCCACCACAUGCUCUCAAUGUCAAAUACUAAGUAACAAAUAUUUUAUAUUGAACUAUUGUUUAUUACCUAAGGUUGUAUUAUAUUGUCAUUUUUGAUACUCAUGUGUUUCUUUUCUAAUUUAUUAUUUGACAUGAACGUUAUAUGUACUAUAAACAAUCGUCUCAAAUUAUAAAUUGCGCCUUGCCAAGUCGCCUUGGGUGGGUGGAUCCAAUUUGCAAUUGGAUUGUGGCGUUUAUUUUCUUUUUACCCACCCUUUUUUGAUGACAGGCAUAUCAGUGCCUGCUUUAUGAUAUAUGUAAUUUUAGGGGGUCAGAUUGCAUAAUAUGUUACCAAAGAUUUUUGUAUUCUUUUAAAGUUUGUUCUAGUCUUGUCUGACCCCCUUAUAAUAUGUUUAUAUUUUGUUUUGCGUCAUUUACUUCAAUAAAUGACAAUUUUUCACUUUCA